AAAAUGAUACUGAGACAAAUUGUACAUGUAUUAAUGGGAAGGAAAUUUAAAAUCUUGAAUGUAAAAAAAAACUUAUGGACAGAUCCAUUUAAAUACUGUAAUACACUUUUUCAUACAAAUUUUAACAAAUUAAAUUCUGUUGAGGAAACAUCAGAAACUUUGAUGAACAUCGUUUUGGAUCUACCAACUCCUAGAAAUGAAAAACUGUCUGCUAAGUACAAAAGGAGCUUUGCGUAUCCGUCGAUGAAGGAUAGAGUUCCUGUAAUUUUGUCUAAACUAGUGGAUCUUCUUUACAGAGAAAAACAAAACAUUAUAAACAUUUAUGGAGAGGGUGCUGAAGAAGAAUUAAAGACAGCUAUUGGAGAAAUUUCACAGCUGAAGAAUCAUGUACAGACUGGAAAACCUUUUGAAAAAUUCUCUUCUUCUGAUCCUGACACAGACAUAUGGAAUGCAGAUUUGGAAGGAUUCAUUAAAAAUGGAAGUAAAUUAAAUUACUACGAAGCCAUUUGGCUUUUCGCAGAAUGUUACUUGUAUCGGAAGAUACGAGAGAUUUUCGCUACUAAGAGCUGCCUCAAUAUCUUGGAUCCUUUCUUUUAUCAGAAGUCUCUUUUACUAACCGAUUCAUUGCCAGCUAUUGGCCCGAUUAUGACUCACAUGGAGGAAGAAGGUCUUUUAGAUACUUCAAAGUCAUUAUCUCAGAAACAGCUGCAAGAGGAACUUACCAUGCUAUUGAAGUGUACCCUUUGGGCAAACAGACUAGAUCUAUCACUGGCUGGAGGUACUGUUGAAGUUCAAUCCGACUUACUCCAUCAAGUACGAAAUUGGGAUGACAAUAUUUUAGUCAAUGAUUUGGAAAGGGUAUCAUGUCUUCUUGUUGCAGUUGAAAAUAGUAGUAAAAUUGUAGAUUAUGUUACUGACAACAGUGGUUUGGAAAUACUAUGUGAUCUUUUUCUUGCUGACUACCUCGUUUCCAAAUGCAAUGUUAAACAGUUAAAUUUCAGGUUAAAACCCAUCCCAUGGUAUGUAUCCGAUGUAAUGCCGAAAGAUUUUUAUCAGACAGUUGAAGCUGUUAGAUCAAGUAAAAAUCCAAUUUAUCGGAAAUUCGGGGAACGCUGGCAGAAACAUAUAGAUGAAGGUAUCUGGAAAGUUAAGGUUGACCUGUAUUGGUGUCUUGGUAAACCCUAUUCUGAUAUGGUUGAUUCCGAUCCUCAGCUAUACAAAGAAUUAUCCUCUUCCUCACUCAUUAUUUUCAAAGGGGACCUAAACUACAGGAAACUCGUUCAGGAUAUCAACUGGGAUCCAAUUACACCUUUUAGUGAGGCCAUCGGGAAGUUCCACCCUGCUCCACUAGUCACCUUGAGAACUUGCAAGGCCGAUGUCAUUUGUGGCCUGGAAAAGGAUCUCGCUGAAGUGAUGAAUGCCAAGUACGAUGAUUGGCUUGUCUCAGGAAACUUCGCUGUCGUUCAAUUUGAUUCGCCCUAAAGAUCUUAUAAUUUAUAAUUAAAUUUAAUCUACUUGUAUAUAGUAAAUGUUUUUUUCAAUUUUAAUAAAUUCAAAUUUUACAUUAUCGAUCUUUGAAAAUUUACCCAAUACAUAAUUAUGCCCUAUAAUUGUUCCUAAACACAUACUGAUUGAUUUAUCAACCUCUUCACCAUAGCUAUAAUAUGUAAUUAACUAUCAGAGUCUUUAAACAACAUCUUUAUUCUAUAAAUAGCAUAUUCUGAAGAAAAAAAAUUGAAAAAGAAAUCAUGGGAAUUAUGCCCUUUAAAGGAUCAAGACGCAUGCGUUAUCAGUUAUUAUCUUGAGCUUAAGUUAUCAGUGAUGAGACUGAGGUAGCAUAAUGGAUUAAUUUUUUAACUAAGAAUAAAAAUAAAAUAUAUACCGUAAAGCUUUUGAAAAUGGACAAUUAACCUGAAAAAUUAAUUUCUAUCUUCUUAUCAGUGCCGGCCUUAGGUAUUCAUAACAUCACAACAUCAAUAACAUCAUCUCCCCCCUAAAAAAAUUAAAUUUACUUGUUAACCUGUUUUAUACGAAGUAAUGUUUGAAUUGUAUUUGAUUCAACAUUUCACUUAUACAGUUGCUCUAUUGAUAGGCUAAAACUAAUUAUAUCUUUUUAUAUUUCUUACAAGUAGAGAGCGUCCCUGAAGGUCUGCCGACGCCCUGGUUGUCUCACCCUAAGGCCGGCUUCUUAUACUAUGAUAAAUUGAUAAUAACUGCAGUCUUUCAUCAGUAAUAACAUUUAAAGUUAUUUUAAUUUUUUGUUUAAAUUGAAAGGAAGUACUGUUUCAAGGCUUUGCAUUUUUUAAUAUCAUAAAAAAUUUACUAUUAAUCUUUAAUUAUGAAUAAAUCAACUCUACUACUUAUUUUAUUUAAAAUUUUUAACCCACACUAAUAUUGCUUGGGUGCUAGUUCAGAUGGAAGGCCACAUGAUCACAUCAAUUGCAUCCAGAACUAACUAACUAUGGCUCACCAGUUGCGAGUAUGCAAUACUACUAUGGCAUCCCGGAUGAUGGCGUCCUCCCAUCUUAGACGUGGUCUGGCUUUCCCUCUUGUCCUGCAGAACUUCCCCUCAAGCAACUUCCUUGAGACUUCCUCUUCUGACGACAGUCUGGCCACAUGGCCAGCCCAACGUAGUCGCCCAAGCUUGAUGCACCUCAACAUCUUUUUCUUUUUCUUCUUUGCUAGAGAGGAUCCAGCUUUCCGAUCCAUAUGUGAGAUCAGGCCUAAUGAGGGUCUUAUGUAAGAGGCAUUUUGUAUGACAGGAGAGCUUCUAAGGCGUUUGCUGAGGCCAAAAUAGCACCUGUUUGCCCAUGUUAUUCGCUGGUUGGCCUUCAGGGAUAUUCUCUUUCCACAGCUUACAAUAGCUCCCAGAUAGGUAAACUGGUCUAUAUUGUGGAACGUAAAUGGGCCCAUAACCACUGGUACUCGUACUGUGGACUCUUUUUCAGGUCCUGCUCGCAUUUACAUUGUCUUUUCCUGGUUUACACUCAUUCCCAAAGCUUCAGCCAACCUUAAAAAAUGCACUUUUAAGAGACUCAUGCCAUCAGAUCUAGAUCGUUAGCACAUCCCAGUAUUUCCAUUAAUCUAAGACUCGACUUCAAGGGUCGUAGUGCCUGAUAAGUACGUAAGUACACGAAGCAUCAUCCAUAGUCAUCUUGAUGAGGCGGACAAGCUUCUGGGGAACUCCAAGGUCACACAGGGCUGCAUACAGUUGAGGUCUCUUGAUGCUGUUGUAUGCAGGUGGUAGGUCAUCAUCCUGUACUCUUGAAACUUUUCCAGCAUCAUACGGAGGCUAAACAUCUGGUCAACUGUAGAUCUUCCUCCUCUGAACCUCGCCUGAUACUUAACAAUCUCUCUUUCAGCAAACUGGAGGAGUUUGCAGUAGAUAAUGUUUGAGAGGAUCUUAUAAGCACACUGAAGAAAUGAGAUCUCACGGUAAUUGGAGCAGUCUAGGAUAUUACACUUCUUGUGCAGUGGAUAAAUUAUUUCCUUCUUCCACGGAUCCAGCAUUUUCUCUUCAGUCCAGUGAGGAUGAUUUUGUAGAGGGCUCUCUGGAAUUCCAUCCUCUCCUGGAGCUUUAUAGUUGUUUACCCUGUUCACUGCUUCAAGAACAUCCUCACAUGUCUGUGGGUCUUGCUCAGCACUUGGGAUUAUGAAAUCGUCCGGACCAUCUGCAGCCUCUUUUAGAAGUACAUCAAAGUGAUUGUAUCCAGGAAUUCCAAAAGAAACCGACUAUUGACAAUCAUGUUCACAUAAAAUUGUUAUGUCACUGUCUUAUCAAAUUGUGAAGGUUCCUUAAGUUCUGUCCUACAUAAAAGAAUAUAACUGCACUAUUUUGUAAUUUUCUAUUAACAAUUUAAAGACUGUAUUUGAAAUAUUGUAAUUAAAAAUAAUGGGAGUCGGGUAGCUUACUUCCUAUGUUUGAGGUCCCAGCUUCGAAUCCGGCUGAUGGCAGAUAUAUUAUUUAUUCUGUUCAGUCGGCCAUGGAUCGACCCUGGAGCCAGAAGACCUUCCUGGGGCACACUCAGCCUCUUAAUUAAUUAAGGGGGAAAAUCUGGCGGUUAAGCGUGAUCUCUGUCAAUUAAACUCCUUGCACAACUGUCAGCCAAGAAACAGUACUUUCUUACACAGUACUGAACUCAAGAUCCUUCAUGGGAUGUAAUGCAACAAAUUAAAAAUAAUAAUUAGUGUACUACCUGGAAAUUAUAGGUAGCCAUUACUAAAAAUUGAAUCACCUGACCAGAAUCCAUCUAUCUCAUUGGCUGUUUGAUGAAUGUCCACUUUUGAAACAAAAUUACACUACAGGAGUCUGAUUUUGAAAAGAAGCUAUAAUUUAUAGCUAAAUUUAACAUAAAUAUGUAUUUUUUUAUAGAAACUGAUUCUAGCAUUUAAAAGAUUGAGAAAAAUGCUAUAAGAAUCAACUUCUAACUCAAUUUUUAUCUUGGUGACAGACCUCCUCUGAUAUGAGGCCAUUCAAAUAUUUGUUUAAUGGGAAAGGAUAAAAGAAUUAAAAGAAAAUGUGAGAUAUUUAUUAUAUUUUAUUUAUUUAUACAUAUAUAAUUCUUUAAAGUUAAAAAGGAAAAAUACUAUAUAAUUUUUGGAAGAAGAUGGUUAGAUUGUUGUAGAAAAGUGUUAAUUAUCUUUAAUAAAUAAAAAUUUUGUUAAACAAGAAAAUUGUUUAAUUGUUAUUUUCCUAAUUAUCACUUUUUCUAAUACAGUAUUGGAUCAAUUACUUAAAAUUAAAAUUAUUAUUAAAAAAUAAUAAAAUUAAAAAUUAAAAAAUAAUUUUUUUAAAUUGUUAUCUUUGGUUUCUUUUGAACUCACAUUCGUGACACUACAUGGAUUUUGUUCUUUAAAAUUAUUUUUGUAUAUUUAUAAAUUUUGACUAGAGUAAUUUUGCCGACAGAUAAAAUUGGGUCAACUUUAGCCUCAUGAGGUCUCUUGACAGACUUGUAAUGAAUUUAGGUCAAUUUCUUGUUAAAAGUAUAAAUUAAGAAAAAAAUGACCUGAUUUAAUAAUAAAUUCAUCAAUAUGAAAUAGUCCAUUUAAAUAAUAAUUCAAUAAACAAGAUUAAAGUAAAAUGAUGAAAUAAAUUAUUUCAAAAAUAAUAUGAUGAGGUCAUUGAAUGAUUUAUCUCAGAAAUAUUAUUUCAAAUAAAUUUUGGUCAAGUCUACUUGUUAGUACAAGAAUGAACAAAAUGUUGUGCGAAGGUGAAGGAGGAGGGGAGAUUACUAAUGUAAUGGAUAGUUCCAUAAAAAAAUAAAUAAAUAAAAAUAUAUAUAGAUAUAAAACCUAAUGAAGAAUUUGAUAAUAUCAGAAAGUAUUUAAAUCAGGAUUUAGAGGAUGUUCAUCACUCAACAACUAUAAAUACAAAUUUAAGAUAAAGCAUGUUCAUCGAUAGAAAUGAAAUAUUUCUGUACUUUUUUUUGCAGGAAGAAGAUAAUUCAAAAUUCUAACAACUACUUAAAAAAUUAUGCUUAAUAUAUUUUUAGUUCAAUACUUUUUUUAGCAACCAAAUUAAAAUAUAUUGAACAUAUACAUAAAUACGAAUAGUGAAAUAUAACAAUAGAGGCCUUGAAAUAGAUACAAGUUGUUGAGUCAACGAACAAUUACAACAGGGGUCCCCAAUCUAGAGCUCGCGGGCCCCCACAGUGCCCAUGAACAAACUUGUGCCUGCCCAUCUCUAACAUAACCUUCAUCAGCGAUUACCCUGGCAACAGUUUUGCUGUUGCCUGUUGCAGAUCGACAAGCUUUUAAUGAAAUAUGGAAUAUUUAUUUAUUUGAAAAUAAUAAUUAAUUUAUUGAUAUAAUAUCAUCAUUAUUGUUUUGUUUGAUCUCUUUCUUUGGGAGAAAAAAAAAAAUUAAUGACGCUGUUGGUAACACUGCAUUAAACUUAUUUUAUACCUGAUUAUAACUCAUACUGUUUCUAAUUAUAAUUUCAAAAUGUGUUAAUCUUUUAUAAGAAACCUUUAUACAAUUAAAAAGAUUAAUUAAACUUGAUGUUUUUCACGUUUUGUAUAGAAAUGUAUUUCUAUACACGAUACGUAUAUACUUCUUUUUAUUGACUAACUUUACAUUUUCUUUUUAAAUAUUAUAAACAGUAACCUAUCUGCAAUUCACAUUAAUUAAAAACACAGUGCCUGCCAACUAAGACAUUACCUAUAAAUGUGCCCGCUGGUGAGAAAAGGUUGGGGACCCCUGAAUUACAAUAUACAUAUCAAUUAAUCUGGUAUUUCAACCCUCUUAUUUAUACUUGUAUAUUUAUUAUAUUUAAAAUGUAUAUAUAUAUAAUUUAAUAAUAUAGGAGUUAAAAUACCAGAGAUUAAACAUGUCAGAAGCGUACAAAUAACUUUAGAUAGGAAACAGAAGUGAUAAAGAUUAUUAAAAUAUUUUUUUUUUUAAAAUGAAAAUAAAGAGUUCGACUAGCAAGUUCCUAUCUUGAUAAGAAGUUAUUCUGCAAUGCAGGAUGUGCAUGCUUUCCGAAGAAGUAUGUGUGACUAGCCCUCGCUGGGUAGCCCUGUUCUGCCAACGGCAUUGGUUCGCUGCAUUUCUCAGAGCUACUUAACCGAUUGCAAGAGCAAACCAACCUCAACCUAUGAAUUGUUAGCAUUCCAUCACUGCCUUUAAUUGUGUCCUCUGCGUCCAUUCUGUCACCUUCUACUUCAAGCUCAUCCUCAGGCCUAGCAAUACAAGCCCUUUCGGCACGCUCUUCAGCAACUUCUAAUUCCAAGCUGUUUAGUUUAUCUAAUCAGGACAUAAAUUAUAUUAAUUAAGUUACAAAGAUUGAAAAUAGGAUACUUUAAUUAUAUUUAUCUAUACUAUAAAUAAUAUGGUAGAAUAGAUGGCUUUUCCGGCUCUCAUGAGUGAUGGAUUUUGAUGAGUCUAGGAUCCAACGGAAAAAAGAAUUUCAUGGAGAAGUGACAAAUCUCAAUUUUUUAUCAAUGACAAAUUAUCUCAAGGCAAUAAACUAUAUCGCUAUACCAAACAUUGCCUUAAAUUAAGAAACUUAUUAUUAGGCUGAAGAAAAUCCUUAAGGAAAU